AUGCACUUGAAACUUUGUAUUUCUUUGCUGUUAUUAGUUGGAAUCGAAGUUUCUGGAAAGAAUAUUCUGAUCUACAACUCCGUUUUCGGUUACAGUCAUGUCAAGUUCAUCAGUUUGAUGGCUAAUAUUAUAGCAGACCAUGGACAUAAUGUGACACUUUUCCAACCAUAUCAUAUCUUACAUAACACAGAAGGGCUGGUGAAAAAUAAGAAUAUUGAGAUAAUUGACUACCUCCCCGAUCACUAUGACGAACUAGUCAAUGCAGAAGCUGAAACAUUCCCUAUGUUUUGGGAUGAUCCAUUAGUAAAUCAUCCGAUUCUGGAAACCAUCAUCGCCCCGAAGCUUAUUAGUGGAGCUAUUGAGAGAACUGCCACACAGUUAUUCAAAGAUCAGGAAGUACUGAAUCAGUUGAAGAGCAAAAAGUUUGAUGUGGUGAUUGCUGAAACGUUUGAACUCACCGGAGUUUAUCUUGCCUAUCUUCUUGAUGUUCCAUGUAUUCCCAUUAUGCCGGCAGUGCGUUUCACAAAUACUCAGGACGUAUUCGGUCAGCCAUCUCUGCUUGGAUACGUGCAACAACCUGGCUCCAAAAUGGCACCUGAAGCUGGUUUUCUUGACAGACUGAAUGAUGUCUAUAGACAUGUUUUAAUGAAUCUCAACUCCGACUGGAACAGUAAAUAUCAAAAUGAAAUAUUUGAAAAAGCUAUUGGUCGACCUAUUCCAUAUUGGAAGGAUCUCGUGAAACAGUGUCCUAUCUACAUGACCAAUUCGAACCCAUACCUUGAUUUCGCUGUGCCGACAACUGCUACGAUUGUUCAUAUUGGAGGAAUCACAGUUGAUUUAAAGAAAAAGAAAAAUCCAUUGCCAGACGACUAUGAGAAAAUUCUACAGGAGAGAGAAUCAACUGUCCUCAUUUCCUUUGGUUCUGUAAUUCGCUCAUUCCAAAUGCCAGAAAACUUCAAGAACGGAAUUAUCAAAAUGUUUGAGUCUCUUCCUGAUGUCACAUUCAUCUGGAAAUACGAGAAAGAUGAUGCGGAGUUCCAGAAGAGACUCCCCAAGAAUGUUCACUUGAAGAAAUGGGUUCCUCAGCCUGCUCUUCUUGCUGACAGACGGCUAAAAGCCUUCGUCACUCAUGGAGGAUUGGGAAGUACAACAGAAGUUGCAUACAGUGGAAAGCCUGCAUUGAUGGUUCCAAUUUUUGGAGAUCAACCCCAUAAUGCGGAUAUGCUGGCAAGACACGGAGGAGCUAUCGCAUAUGAUAAAUACAACUUGAAGGAUUCACAAAAGCUGACGAAUGCUAUCAGAAGUUUGGUAUAUGAUACUAAAUACAAGUCAAAUGCUGAAUCGCUUCUUGAUGUCCUCGCUAAUCAACCAAUUGAUCCAAAAGUUAAUUUAAUGAAACAUUUGGAAUUUGCGAUGAAGUUCCCGAACCAUCGCUCGCAGGUUCCUGCUAUCAAUCAAAAUGUCGAAGGCGGUAGUUUAUAUAUCAACUACCGUACGUCAGCUAGUGCCGCAAGUAUUGCAAUUGAUCGAAUUAAAAGAGAAGGACUUCUUGUUGGAUAUGACUUUAAAUUCACAAUUCUGUUUGAUCAAUGCGACGAGAAUGUAGCUGCUGGAAUGGCAGUAAAACUGUUCAGAGACUAUAACAUUGAUGCUUUAAUUGGUCCCACUACUAACAUUCCAGCAAUUCCAGUAUUCAAUUUGGCCACUUAUUACAAUAUCCCUGUUAUCACUUGGGGUAUGACAACUGCUGCAGCGCUGGACGAUGUCAACAGAUAUCCGACAACUGGAAUUCUGUCAAUUGGAUCAAGAAGUCUUGCUGUAGCUUUCCGUUCCAUCAUGUUGGAAUACGGAUGGGAUCAAUUUGUUUAUGCUUAUUCACUGGAAGGGGAUGAUGAGAAAUGCGAAACGAUGAGAGAUGAUUUCCAGGAUAUGAUUGCUUAUUAUGGAGAUAUUGUACUCUCUUAUACUGUACAAAUAAAGGAUCAGAGUGAAAAAGGAAUGUUGGAAGUUUUGAAGGAUGUAUCUACGAGAGGAAGAACAAUCAGACAAACUGACGGUUCCUAUCGUUACCCAUGGGUGGACAGCACAGGACCUCAAGCAAGUGAUCUAGAAGCAAUACCGGGAUUUCAGAGAUCUAUAUUUAUUGUUGAUAUGCAAGGCCAGGGAAAUGUUGGUUCCAAUUAUACGUUAUUUGAAGAUGAAGCUGCAACUUAUGCUGGUCAACUUCAUGAUUCUGUUUAUCUCUAUGGAGUGGCAAUGGACAAAAUGCUGAAAACUCAACCGAGUCAGUAUCGGAAUGGGACUGCUUUUCCACCGUACCUAAUUGGCACCUUCACGGGCGUUGGAGGCCCAGUAGUUAUGGAUGAUAGUGGCGGUCGUAGUCCAACUCUUUUCGUUCUCACUCUCAGUCCAAAUAACAGUGCUUCAUUGAUUAUGACAAUAGAUGUAGAUCAACAAGAAGCGACAAUUCAUAAAGAGUACACUGAUGAAGCGACUGCUGUCUGGUACCAUCGAAAAGGAAUUCGACCUUUGGACGAACCAGUUUGUGGUUAUACCGGAUCACUGUGCCCUGCAAAUGCGUUCUUUGAAUAUAUUGGGUUGUUCAUCACAGCCAUAGCUGUUAUUACGUUGACAAUACUGGGAGCAGUUUUAGCAUUUGUUUUCCUUUUUCAUGCGAAACGGCAAGAAGUUGAACGUCAAAAUGCCUUGUGGCAGAUUCCAUUCAAAUCAAUGAUGACAGUAGCAAAGAAAGGAAGAGGAGAACACAGUAUGAGGAGUAUAAGCAGUGUUCCAAGUACAAUAUCAUCGACUAGAUCAUCGACACUUUCGGAAGUUGGAGAGACUAGAAAUUACACAUUUUAUCAAAUUCAAAAUGAUGUGGAGUUGGAAAAAGUUGCUGCUAAAAAGUAUACAUCUCGGAUAAUGUUUGAUAGCAAAACGUGUGCCAACAUGAGACAAAUGCGAUUAAUCGACCAUGCCAAUCUGAAUAAAUUCAUCGGAAUGUGUCUAGAUGCCCCUCAGCUUUUAUCUGUCUGGAGAUUCUGUUCCAGAGGCUCCCUCGCUGACGUCAUCAGUAAAGCGAGUCUUCAGAUGGAUGGAUUUUUUGUUUACUCUCUGAUGAAAGAUAUUGUAAAUGGAUUAACUUGGAUUCAUGAGUCAUACCACGAGUUUCAUGGAAUGCUCACUUCAAAGAAUUGCUUGUUGAAUGACAGAUGGCAGUUGAAAAUAACAGAUUUUGGAUUGAGAAACUUUCGAACUCAUGAUCAGUACAAUAAAGCAGAUCGUCUGUGGACUGCUCCGGAACUGUUGAGAAACGAUGAUCUGAUGGGAAGUCGUGAAGGAGAUAUCUACAGUUUAGGAAUAAUAAGUGCUGAGUUGAUUACGAGAAAAUCAGUUUUUGAUCUGGAAAAUAGAAAGGAGGACGCAGAUGAAAUCAUCUACAGAUUGAAAAAAGGAGGUCUACAGUCUCCUCGACCUAAUUUGGAUCAUGAUGAGUCACUUGAAAUGAAUCCUGCGUUGCUUCAUCUUGUGAGGGAUUGCUGGACAGAAAGACCUUCAGAACGUCCUGAUAUCAAACAAGUGUUUUCACAGUUGAGAAGUAUGAAUACAAACAGAAAUGACAAUCUGAUGGAUCACGUCUUCAAUGUCCUUGAAUCAUAUGCAUCCACAUUGGAAGAUGAAGUGGCAGAGAGAAUGAAAGAGCUAGUUGAAGAGAAAAAGAAAAGUGACGUACUGUUGUAUCGUAUGCUUCCGAAACAAGUGGCAGAUAAACUGAAAUUAGGUCAGACAAUUGAGCCAGAGACGUUCGACGUGGUCACUCUGUUCUUCUCUGAUGUUGUCGGAUUCACAACAAUUGCUGGAAAGUGUACUCCUCUACAAGUCGUGAAUCUUCUAAACGGGCUCUAUACGAUAUUCGAUGGGAUUAUCGAUCAACAUGAUGUUUACAAAGUGGAGACAAUUGGUGAUGGAUAUUUUGUCGCUUCUGGAGUUCCAAGACGAAAUGGAAAUGAGCACACAAGGAAUAUUGCAAGCAUGUCUUUGGCAUUUGUGAAAGCUUUAGCUGACUUCCGUAUUCCUCAUUUGUCUGGAGAGAAAAUCAAUAUUCGAGUUGGAUUCCACUGUGGAUCAGUGGUUGCUGGAGUUGUUGGAUUGACAAUGCCUAGAUAUUGUCUCUUCGGUGACGCUGUGAACACUGCGAGUCGGAUGGAGAGUAAUUCUAAACCUGGCCGAGUUCACAUUUCGGAUGAAGCUAACCAUAUGUUGAUGACUCUUGGUGGAUUCACAACAGAGACGAGAGGGGAAACUAUUAUAAAAGGAAAAGGUGUGAUGACAACAUACUGGUUAAUCCGAAUGGCCGACUCUGCUGCUCCGAAGAAACCUGAUGAAAAAAUAGACUAG